AUGUCUGCCCAGCUCAGUGUCGCAGCAAAGCAUGGGAUAGACCCGCUCGCAGACACAGACCUUCAAAGUCAGCAUCAAAUGAUUGGUCCAACUCAGCCAGUAGUGGCCAUGAUUGGUGAUGACAUCAUUUUGCCAUGCCACCUGGAACCUGCUGUGGAUGCUGUUGACCUGACUGUGGAUUGGUCCAGAACUGACCUCAAACCUAAAUCUGUCUAUGUGAGGCGAGAGGGUGUGGAGCUUCUGACUGAGCAGAAUCCUUUUGUCAAAAAUGAAAUGGUGUUAGAGUGUAAAUCUAAUGGCUGGUAUCCAGAGCCUCAGAUGUUGUGGGUGUACAGUGAGGGAAAACCCAUUUCUGUUGAACCUACAAAGAAUGUCAGAGGUUCUGAUGGCCUCUAUGCUGUCAGCAGUAAAGUGACUGUGGAGAAAGGACAGAGCUACAGCUUCACCUGCAAAGUUCAACAGAAGAAUAUCAGUCAAAUCAAAGAGACACACAUCCAUGUUUCAGGUGAUCUCUUCAUGGUCCAGUCUAAUACUGCUGUUCACAUUAUCAUCAACUUGGCUGUCUGUUUAAUAAGCGUCGGGACAGCAGUAAUCCUAAUAUGGAAAUGUGGACAAAUGAAAACCAAAAUCAGCAAACAUGAUGAGGACGAAAAUGAACAACAUCAAACAGAGAUGGAGGAAAAAUUACAGAGAGAAUGUGAGGAAAAGAAAAGACUUGAAGAUGAGUUGCAGAACAAGGAGGAAGACUUAAAACAUGUCAGACAAACCAUUGAACAACUGAUGGAGCAGAAGACAUCUCUGAAGAACCAGAGAGAAAAACUCAUCACACUACUGCAGGAGGACAAGGCAGAGAUGAAAGAGAUCAGGAAAAAGUUGGAGAAAGCCGCAACUUUUGACAAAGAGAAAAAAUUGCAGAAGCGUGAAGAUAAAAAAAUUGACCUGGAAAAGAGAACAGAAGCACAUAAAGAACUGUUAAAUAUGACAGAAAAGCUAAUGGAGGAAACGGAGAACAUUAUAAUCCAAAUGACAGAAAGAAAGGGAAAACUAGAAAUAGACAAGGAACAAAUGAUUAAACACUUGAGAAAGAAACAGGAAGACAUAGAAGAGAUUAAGAAGAAACUGUCAGAGAAACAAGCGAGAAACACUGAACAG